AUGAUUAAUUAUUUCCAAUAUUUGCUUUUUAGAAAAUCAUUUCAAGAAAUAUACCAAUCAGAUUCUGAAGGAUGGGAAACAUCAAAAGAUCUGAGAAGUAAUCUUGGAAAUUUAGAAUCAGAACUUCUAUUUCUAAAUACGCUUACUGGUAUCAAUAUCAGAAAGUACUCCAAGAAGAUAGAGAACCUAACGAGCACUGAGAUGACAGAAAGGCGUAUAAAGAAAGUUCUACAAAGACAUAAAUUAUCAGGAAAUUGCCACAUGAUUACAUUUCAAGUUGAAUUUCAGAUUCUGGAAUUCCAGAACAAGGAAAAUUUAUCUUCCAUUAUUACUGACCUCAACAUAAUAAUGGAGUCCACCGCAUAUUCAGAAUUAAGUGAAUUUGUAUCUAGAGCAGAAGAAAGAAGAGAUCUGUUUAUGUUUUUCCGAAGCCUGCACUUUUUUGUGGAAUGGUGUGAAUAUCGGAAGCGCACAUUUAAACAUUUCAAGGAGAAGUACCCCGCGGCUGUGCAGCUCCCCGAGGGGGCCUCCUCCAGCUGCAUGAGCAUCCGGAGCGCCAGCCAGCCAGGGUUUGAGCUGGUCAUCGUCUGGAGGAUGCACAUAGAUGAAGAAGGGAAGGUUUUGCCGAAGCUGGAUCUUCUCACCCAAGUGCCACAGCGAGCCCUGGAGCUGGACCGGAAGGGAGCAGUCGCAGCUGCUCCUCUCCACUUCCGGGCCCUGCUGGGCCUGCUGGGCAUCGAAGCGGCUCUGGAGAGCCUGCUGAGGCUGCUCUGCGCGGAGGGAAGCCCCGGUGCCCACCCAGCACCGCCAGGGGCCUGGGAUGUUACUGAAUAGAAACAUUGGCUGCUGCCGACUUAGAAACCACACCCUCAGCACAUGUCUGUGCAUUGGUGACACAUGAUCUAUCAACUGUCAGGUCAUAAAAAACACAGACAGCUGUUUAAACACAAAAUGAAAAGCCUGACACACGAGGAGCAGCUGUGCCCCCUCCACCCCCGGGAGGCUCUCCCCUCCCCUUGGCCUCCUGAGCUGGAAAGCCGCUCCCCUCAGCCAGUCCUGACACGCACUCGUCUUGACCCAAAACAGCAAGUCUGCACUUGAACCUGCAGUGGGACAGCGAGACCCACUGUCCCCCACAGGCCUGGGCCGUCCCCCCCGCCCCCCUCUGUCCCACCCGUGAGCCCCAGCUCCCCGCGUGUCCAGCAGGUGGAGUCUAACGCCUCCUGCCCCCACACUAACAGGAGAAGAUGGGCAGCACUUGAGUAUCUUUCCGACCCUCUGAGUACAGAAGUAAAUGUUAUGACAGAAUUAAAGAAUAAAUUCUAGAAAAACUGGUGUAA